CACUCCAGAGCUUGCCAAGUUAAGGAACACAUUUCUGGCAAAAUGUUCUACAUGCAGCUGCUUAUGAAUAAGCGUGGGCCUUUGUCCAAGAUAUGGUUGGCUGCUCACUGGGAUAAGAAAGUCACAAAGGCUCAUAUAUUUGAAUGCAAUUUAGAAGCUACCAUUGAAAAGAUACUCUCCCCUAAGUUUAAAAUUGCUCUUCGUACCUCGGGACACCUUUUGUUAGGAGUGGUGAAGAUCUAUCACAGAAAAACCAAGUAUCUUUUGACAGAUUGCAGUGAAGCCCUACUUAAAAUGCAAUCAACUUUUCAACCAGGGCUUGUUGACCUCCCUAAAGGAAAUUCUGAGGCAAAUUAUGAUGCCAUCACAUUACCUGAAGAGUUUCAUGAUUUUGAUACCCAACUUCCAGACACGAAGGCCAUUGAGGUCGCUCAACAUUUUACACUGCACCAGAGCAAAAUUGAGGACAUCACAUUGACAGAAUUUUAUGGGCAGACUGUUCUCAGUGGUGUCAGUUUUGAUGACGAAAUUGAAAUUCCGAGGCACGGUAACUUUUUCAGUGACAGUUUAAUAAAUAGUUCCAACAGUCUCUUGGCUGAUCAUAGUUCUUUGAAUUUAACUGGAGACAAAAUGGCACUAGGGUAUGAUGGAUUUGGAGAUGAAGGAGCUGGAAGAGAUAUGAUUGAUGAUGUUCUUGGAACUGACCAGAAUGGCCUCCUUGCAAUAUUUGACAUGGAAGAGGAACUUCUUUUACCCAACAAAGAUCCAGUUGAUAACAGAAAAACAGGACCUACUUUUGAUCUGGACCAGGCUGCAUCUAAACAUAAAACACGAAAUCACCAACUUAAUGAAACAACGUUGUUGUGCAAUGAGGAGGACGGCUUUGUUCUUUGUCCUAUUGUUGAUUCAGCUCUCCUAAAGAAACAAAGAAGUAAAAGGAAAAGGAAGUUACUUGUUGACGCAGUGAAGCAGCUCAGCAAAGCCACCAUGCAAAAGCAGCUUACAAGUUACACGGAUACACUAACCGCCUUGCAUAUUGCACCUCCAACAAGGAAGCUGAUGAUUUUACAAGAGUUGGGUAGUGUAGAUAAACUUCUGACCAGACCCACCCAACCUUGCUUUAGUGAAGAUCUGCAGAGGCUGUUUGCUAAAUGUCUCAAGAAUGGAAGAAAAAAAUGGCAACAAGAGACUGAAGAAAGAAGCAAACAACAAAGUGCCCAAGAACUAUCAAUAGCAGAAAGUUUAAAUAUACCGCAGGACACAAAUUAUCCCCAAACGGAAUCUGUAUUACAAAGCAGCAGAAACGAAAGGGAUGAUAAUACAGUUUUUAAAACUAUGGAAUCGGUUAAUGAAGUAUUUGCUUGGUCCGAUGACCUCUUGCCAUUUUCAGUACAACAAGAAUCCGAGAACGAGCAAGCUGUCUUGGAAAAUGGAUAUCAGACAAGUCAUUUGGACUACGAAGAACAAAGAAGAAGUAAGAGAACACUAAAACUAUUAAAUACUUUCCGGCACUUCGAACAGCAAGGAGCAAAGUCGUUCAGCUUUCUCUCCCUGUGCCAGAACCAGUGCAAGAAAGAAGUGGCGGAGAGCUUCUACAGCUUGCUGGUUCUACAGAAACAGCGAGCGAUUGAGGUGGCCCAAUCAGCUCCUUACGCCGACAUUAUAGUGACUGCGGGACCCAAGUUUCAUACUCUCUGAAGACCAGAGAAGACCCCCCCCCCUUGAAAGAUGGCUUGCUCAGAUUGGAAACUCAACGCUCCCUUUAAGCAAAAUUGAACAUCCCUUCUCUGAGUCAAGUAGAGGCAACGACUAGCAAAUAAGCCGUAAUGUAAGUAGCCUGCCUAGCAUUCAAGCCACAUGC